AUGAAGUUGUCUUUGGUUUCCAUGGCAAUGUUCAUCCUUGUUGUAAUGCUCGGUGUGAAGGACUCACAGCAAAUGCUGAGGAGGCUCAUGGAUCCAAGGGGACCACCGAAAGGACCUCCAAAAGGACCCUUAAGAGGGCUUCUGGGAGGGCCACCAACAAAACCAGCGAAUAGAACCUGCACUAAGAUGAGUAAGUUAGUGGCUGACCAUCUCACUUUUGAGAAAGAGGAAGUGUUGGUGUGAUUUCAAACUAAAAAGUUAUCCUGCAAACAGACCUAGAACAAAGAUAUCAUAUUGCGUCAAAUCAUUAUUUGUACCAAAGAAUUAAGGAAAAACGUUCUCGGUUGUACCCUUGGAAAACGUCGCAAUUUUUGUCUCAAUUAAGUCACCGAGCAACCCCCUCCCUCCGCUUGAGCCUCGAAGAAAAGUACAAACUUUGAUAUUUGAAACUGGCCUUUUGAUAAAUUUUCCAUUUCAUACUGAUUUUACAAAUUGUAGAGUUUAAAAAAACCUUUUGAAGAGAUUAAAGACAACUCGAUCGGUUGGCUUGAGGAACACGUGGUAACAGUAAGUUUUUCUGUCUGUCCCCCUGGAAUCUUACUAGAAUUAAAGAGACAGGGAUUUUAAAGAAAGAAAAUUACGAGAAUAGGCACUGAUACAACGUGAGCGCAAAAGCACUGAACUUGAAUGUAUUAAUUGUAUAAAACGCUAUUUUAGUAUACCACACAAAGAAUGCUGGUGAUUGCUUAAAUAACAUAUCCGGCUGAAAGUAGUGAACCCAUCAGGGGUGGGGCUUUUCAGAAGUUAGGUACGGUAAUCUUACACUUUCGCUUCCCAAAGUUACCAAAUUUAAGUUUCAACAAAAUUUCAAAUUCUUUUUGUAAAAGCUGCUGAAGAACAAAUAGUACAAACGUCUGCCUGGAAAGCGGUGUUAUUUGGAUGGUCACAACAUAGGAUCCCGUCCAUAGGCUCAAAAAGUCAAAGGUUGACUCCUUGAGUUAACGUUAUAACCACGAUACAAAACUACAUCAUUGACUAGCUCUUGGAGUAAAGCGGUUAAAAUUUUAAUGCAUUUUCCUUUCCUAGGCUACCGAAUGGUAUUUCCUGAACGAAGAGUCGAAAAUUACGUUCUUAUUAGGAACGCCAUCAAACAGGAACUCAGGGCAAUUACACUGUGCUCCUUUGUAAAAGACAAUGUGUCUGACAGCAGCAAUGAAAAACAGUGUCCUUACAGCUACGCCGUCCCUGGGCAACACAACGAGUUUUCCUUUUGCACAUCUCCAACUCUUCAAGUGCUGAUCAAUGGAACUACCAGGUAACAGAUUUAAUAUUUUUCACCAUGAUCUCCUUCUUUAGGUUUUCUUGGGAUGAAAAUAUUAUUAAAAGUGUCUGUUUUAGAGAGUUUUCUGCCUUAGUGACCACUUCGAGAUACCCAUGAGACUAUCGAUUUGCACCAUGGGACCACUUAUUGUAGCCUAUUAAUUAACGUGAUGAGUGUCCCCAAAACUGCCCCACAAAGUAAAUGGUACCAAGAUAACGCCCUAAAACAAUCACUCUCCGAAGUUAUUAAUCUAUAUUUAUUUAUACGGUUUGCUUUUUCACCAACGAUUAUCAAACUUCAAGGCUCGAAUUCGUAUCUGAAAGAAUGCUCAAUUUAAUACAUUGCCAAAAGAAAUAGCCUGAAUAUACAAGGGCUUCAGUUUGUCUUACUGAAAAUAGGGUGAAAAACCGUCACUUAAAACUUUGAGCUUUUCUUUUCAUUUCCCAACAUUCUGUCUUUUCUUGCCCGCGUUUUUCUGUUGACAGGAAAACCAGUGUUUCUAUCGAAGACGGUAAAUGGCACCAUAUUUGUUUCACUUGGGAGAGUUGUACCGGACGAUACAGAUUUUUUUCAAAGACGGCAGAACAGUCGUCAUGGGUUCUGACUUUCAAAAGGGCUACAAGAUCAGAGAGGGAGGGACAUUAG